AUUCAAUUUCCUUUAGGGAAAACUGUCAAAUAAGUCCACGUACUUUUAACAAAAAAUCAAUUGAGUUCACCUAUUUUUUUUCGAGUCAAUCAAGUCCGUGUACUAUAAAAAAUGAUCAAAUUGUCUUGUUAACAGGUAUUCAACCGGUUAACCGGUUAACAGGCAUUAUUCUAAUGUUUUUCAAUUUUUUCUUUUUCUUUUCCCUUUCUCUCUUCCAUUUUUCUCUUUUUUUUUUCUCUUUCUUCCUGGUCCGCCCUCUUCUGCGUUUAAACUCCGCCAUCUCCCCUUUCCCUUCAUUUGUCUGCAGCUAUAGAUCUAUGGAGCUGGAGGCGGCGGCAGCUAUGGAGGUUGGGUGGUUGGACGUCGUUCCAAUUGAAGAUGCGGAGGUGGAAACCGUGGAUGUGAAAUCGGAAGCUGCGGGUAUGGUGGUCAGGGGCUCAGGGCGGUGGCCAUGGAAGCCGGCGUGGUUGAAGGUCGCUUCAUAGAGGUGGCGAAGGGGAAGGCCGUGGAGGUGGAGGCCGGAGGCGGUGUGGAUGGAGGAAGGGACGGUUGAGGACAGGAUGGACUCCGGGGGCGGUGGCUAUGGAGGCUGGGCGGCGGAAACGGUGGCUAUGGAGGCUGGGCGGUGGAGACGGUGGCUAGAGAGGUCAGAUCGGAGAAGUUUGUUCCGGUGGGAGUGACUUGUCGGAGGGAGAGCAAGGAACUACUGGGAAAGGAGAGUUGAAGUCUUGCAGGGGAUUUUAGGAUAGGGAAAGAAGAGAGGUCCGGAAAAGAGAAGAAAGAGAAGAGAAGAAAAGAAAUGGAAGAGAGAAAGGAAAAAAGAAAAGGGAAAAGAAGAGAGAAAAAAAUGGAAAACAAUAAAAUAAUGCUGCCCUUCGGACAUCCACGUGGCAUUUAAUCGGAUAACCGGUUGAAUACCAGUUAAAAAGUCAAUUUGGUCAUUUUUUUAUAGUACAUAGACUUGAUUGACUCGAAAAAAAGUAGGUGUACUUAAUUGACUUUUUGUUAAAAGUACAUGGACUUAUUUGACACUUUUCCCUUUCCUUUAUAAUGUAUGGAAGUGGGGACAAUAUCCUUGAUAACACAUACGACUUA